AAAUUAGCUUGUAUCCAAACAAUACCAAAAAUGGAAGUAGAGCAAGUUCCCCACAUGAAAGGUGGUGUCGGCAAAGCUAGCUAUUCAAAUAACUCCUCACUUCAAGUAUGUGCAGAUACACACACAUAUAAUAAUGUCAUGUGUAUUAUUUUACAAUUAUAUUACAUUUUGGAUGCAAUAAUGUCAUCAUCCCAAUUCUUGGAUGAUGAGAUGAAUAAAAAGAAGCCAUUGACAUUCCAAGUAUUUCUCAAUGAUCUUCCUGGAAACGAUUUCAAUACCCUCUUUCAAUUGCUUUCGAGCUUUUAUGAGAGGCUGAAGAAUAAAAAUGGUGACAAGUUUAAACCCUUAUGCUUUGUCAUGGCUAUGCCGGGGAGCUUUCAUGGAAGGCUUUUUCCUAAUAACUCCAUGCACACCAUUCACUCUUCUAACAGUUUGCAUUGGUUGUCAAAGGUACCAAAUGGUUUGGUUAGUGAAACAGGAGAAGCACACAACAAAGAUAAUAUUUAUAUUACAAAGACAAGCCCUGGUGUGUUAGUGAAAGCAUACUUGAGCCAAUUCCAAGAAGACUUCACAAUCUUUUUAAGAUGUCGUUCAGAAGAAAUGGUCGUUGGUGGUUGUAUGGUACUAACAAUUAUGGGCAGUGUUAUAAGUAAUGAUCCUAAACAUAUUUUGGAGAUAGUUGGAAGGGUGUUAAGUGACAUGGUCUUCGAGGGCAUAAUUGAAGAGAAAAGUGUGGGCAAUUUCAACGUACCAAUAUAUUGUCCAACCGUGAUGGAAGUUAGAAAUAUGAUUGAAGAAGAAGGAUCUUUCUGGUUGCGAAAGCUUGAAGCUUAUGAACUUGCUUGGGACACUGGUUUUAGUGAAGCAGAAGCAAAAACAAAUAAUACCAACAUCAAUGAUGAUGAUGAGGUUGACAAACUUAAUAGAGGGACGUAUGUUUCCAAUUAUAUGAGAGCAGUUUUGGAGCCUAUUAUGAUUAAACAUUUUGGAAAAAGUGUGAUGGAUGAUUUGUUCGAGAGAUUCACCCAAAAGAUCAUUGAAUUUACUGCAAAUGAAAAUUGGCCUCACAUAUACUUUGGUAUAUCUUUGACAAAGAAAUAACCAUGGUUGAAGAUAUCCUCGAAUCUAUCAUAUGUGAUAUGAUUUUUAAUUAGUUUUUUGGUUCUUUGUUUGCGAAUUGGGAAAAUUGUGACAACUUUAGGAGUUCUUAUUUUAUAAUCAUUUUAAAAUUUAAUGUGUUAUUUUAUAAUGGAUGAUCAUGUAUAUAUUUUGCA